GAAGAAAACGGUGAGUGAGCGUUAGCCACUAUUAAAACUGAUUAAAGUGAGCAUGACUGUCGAUCGGUUUGAGAUGGCUUUGCGAUCCGUUUUGAUUCGAGACCUAAUGGCAGGGAAUUACCAUGCUUUUAUACGCUGUUAUCUUGUAGUAAGUCCGGGCCUCGCCCGUACACUCCGGCACCCCCUUUUAAUAUCAGAACAAGAAAAAAAAACCCUUUGCUAAUAAUACUUUACACCUGAACUGGUACCUCGUUUACACCCUCCGUAAUGGUCAUAGUGGGCUUUGCGAGUAGAACAUUACGGCUGCGUACUUCCUUUCGCAACUCAGCCUGACGGCGCGUUUUUGCCGUUCAACACUCCCACCGACACCGUCCCUACCCCUCCCCUAACCCUCACAGCGCGCCGUCCCCAGUUUUCACGCGGCCAUUUUGUAUCUCGUUCUUUAUCGCUCCUCGGCUAAGGAAAUAUAACGCGGAAAGAGGGCCUAUCCGUUGACUAUUUCCGCGAUCAACCUGUGAGACGAGUAUGUAGUCAUAAAAAAUACCAAAGCGAGAACUAUUUACUGUGCUGUAGAGGAAGAUGAACCUGUGUUCGUAAAGUUCCUGUCUUUUCAGUACGGUCUAGCUGCAUACUAAUGACAAGCUACAUGCAAGUGGUUGUUGGUGAUGAUGAUCGUGAAUGAGCCUAUCAUUACAAUGGCACUACGUUAGAACAGAAAGUCGCGCCGCAUUUUGCACACAGACAGUGAAAGAAUUUGUUGAAGAAAUGGAAGUUACAAGGGCGACUAUUGGCUCUGAUGCUUGGAAGAAUGCAAGCAUAAGAAACAUCAGGCUUUCUCAGACAGUUCUGAAUCGUAGCGACAAAGCAUGUGAGUUAGGACAGCAGCUAGACCCUCUGCCAUCGCUAAGGGACACAAGUAUACAGCAGAGCAAUGCCAGAAUCCAUGCCUACGUUCGUGCGACAAGGGCCGUUUUAGUGAAGCUUAGAGAGAGUUUAUUAGAUACGAAUGAAGAGAUCAAGUCGCUUUUAAGAGGAAAGGAAGACUUAGAGAAGACCCUAGAGCAUAUACGAAAAGACAUAAUCUUAAACACAAGAUCUACCAUGCAAAGACAGACAAGGCCAUCUCGAGAAAAGGAUCUUGAUGGUGCAGACGAUCUCCUUGCUGCUGAGCGUCAGCAUCUGUUAAAGCUCAAACGCAUUCUAGAAGCACAGCUACGUUCUGUCCAGAAACAGCUUCAAGUGCUUGAUGGUGCCAGGAAAAGGCUCACAGCCUCCUUACAAGAGAGGUCAAGGGUUUUGGAUCUCAUAUGCCAUGCUGUAUCAUCGGUUCGAGGUGCUGGAAUCAAGGACCAGGCAGAAAAGCCAAUCACACCACCUGUAGAACCACUGGGACCUUACACACCUGAGUGUGCAAGGGUGAUUUCUGCAGCAGCAGAAGCCAGGCAGAGGUCCACUAAUUUACGCAAGGAAGUUGCAGAAGCCAUUGAGCAGACAGUUAAGCUACAGAAGGCGGCACAUCAGUCUGUGAAUGAUGGACUAACUCAGAAAGUUGCUGAGACAGUCACCAUGAAGCAACACCUUUUGGUUGGUGCUGGUGAAACUCGCAUGGCCAUUCAUCGCAGCAAGCGCUGGUAUGAUGCAACAGAGAUGGCACUUGGAUAUACACUGGGACCUGUGGCCUAUUCUGAUCUAACCACACGUGAGCGUCUGGACCGCCCAGCUGUACAGGUUCACCAGCGCCACCCUGGUAACCAGCUGCCUGAAGCUCGCGAGAUUGUUAAGGGAGGGGAGGGUCUACAAGAAUCCUUGAAUGCUACAGCUCGUAAUAUUGGUCUUUUGAGGCUUACCAAAAAGAGGGUUGAUGAUGAUGCCAGAGAUAAGCAUCAUGCUGCCUUAAUUGAUGCUAGUGUAACACGCACGCGUAGGCGUCUUGGAAAUCAUCGCUGGGUGAUAAAUGGUAUUGGAUGUUAAAUCCAGGUUGAAGUAUUCUGUCUGCAGUUAAAGACUUGAAAGCAACCUUAAUUUCUUUUCACUGAAAAUGACAUCCUCAAAAAAGACUAAUAUAUGUUGAAAACUGCUAUUUGAUUACCUGCAUGGUUUCUUGUCAAGAUGCCCCUUUUUCCUGGUAAGAUUUUAAAGUUUGGCUUAAUUACAGUGAAUACUGGUAUCAAUAAUAUAUACAAGGAAAAGGAAAUGAUAAUUCAACCUGAAAUUUUGCUUUUCACAACCAACAGUUGCACUGCAGAGUCACUUGAUAUUGCUAGAUUUGUCUUCCUAUCACUGUAGAAAUGAGACUUAAAAUAUGUUUCAUUGAAGGCUUGGUUUGUAAAUUAAAUAUACUGUGUCUAUUACAUUGUUUUAUUUAUAGAAAAGGGUGAAAGAUGCCACCGCACAAAAAUUAUUUUAAUUUAUUAACUAAAAUUAAAAAAGAAUUUGCCUUCAUGUUUGAUUUUACAUUCAAAUUGAAUUUAGAACUAAUUUAAUAACCUUACAAUAUUGUAAAUAAGAUUGAAUACCUGAAUUUUUUUUCUUUAUUUCUGCAUCGUUAAUUAGUCUGAAACUUCUAUUUUGAUGUGUGGUAAAAGAAAAAAAAAAUAAGAUAGACGAGAGUGGAAUUGUGUCAAUAAAAUCCUUAAAAUUAA